AUGGUAAAAUCUGUUGACUUACUCUUAAAGGAAAUGAACCAUGAUCCCAAUGAAUAUAACGCACUUUUAAACGAGACAAUGUCUCUAACAAGCUCUCCAACAAAGCCUCUAAAUUUCCUCAACAAGGACCACACCCAAGAAUUGAUCAGCUCCAUUCUUUCACUGUCCAAAGAAAACAAUUCCAGUUCAGACACUUAUACUAGUGACACAGAAGGCGCAACCCAACAGGGCGACACUCUCAAGAAGUCCACCACAACGGCUACUGAGAAUAGUAGUAACAUUAUUAAUCCACCAUCUAUCUUGAAGAAGUCAACCAUGAACUCUCCAAAGAAAGUUCUUUUCACAGACAACACUCCUGAAGUUCAUUUAUAUCCUCAGGAAAUAUCUGCUUCUGAAGAGGACGAGGAUAAAAGUAUCAGUUUCGAUUCAAAUGGAAUAACACAUGAAUGGAAUGAUCUACAGGCUCCCCAAGACACUUCACCUUCAAACCCCUCUCUGUUACAAUAUUCUGCUUCUGCUGCUGCUACUGAAAUUUUGAAAGAUACCGGAGGUGUUGUUGUAGAUGAUGAAGACGGAAAUGAAGUGCUUGAAUUAACAAAAUCACAGUUAACAAAACAUAGUUCUCAUAGUGAUUUGACCUUGACUGAAAAAAUGUCUUAUUUCUUGGAUAAUCGUAACGAAAAUCAUGAUGAUGAAGAUUUGGAUGUCCAUUUGGGGAAAUUAGAAGGUGCAUUUGAUAAUAAAACUCACCAUAAUAUUCUGUCAUUAUCAAAAGAUAUUCAAACUCAUAGAAGUCCUGUUCAAGAAUCAAUGUUGGAUUCUCUUGCUAAAAUUGGUAACGAAGAAUCUGAAUUAAGAUCUUCUGGUUCAUCCCAAUCUUCGUUAGCAUCUUUGGCUCAAUCAAAUAGACAAUUGAUUUCCCAAUCUUUAGGAAACUCAGUUCAAGGUAUUCAAAUGAAAAACGGAGUUAAAGGUGUUACCGAUGAUUUCAUAGAUCAAUUGGCUCCUCAAACCGAUUCUCAUAAAGUUCAAGAUGAAUCAAUACAAUUACCUUUGAGUAAGGUGGUACCACCAACAUCUCCAAGAAUUGCCAUUCUAAGUACAGAAACCUCAUCUAAUGAUGAAUUCCAUGAUUCUUUCGAUCAGAGUUAUGUACAAACAGAGCAAUCCAUUAUGAACCUUUUAAAUGCUUCUGCUAAAAAUACUCCCAUAUCAAGCAGUGUACCCAAAUUUGGUGAACAAUCUAAUGGACAAUUGAAAUAUGAAACCCCUUCUCUGCUGGAUUUACCACUGCCCGAUAUUGAUGAGCCUUCAAUGAUUGAAGCUAACGGUCUUCAUACUCAAACGGAAUCUCAUCAUGCUCCAAAGCCAUCACCACUUCAAUUAAAACUAAAUACACAACAGCAUGGCCAUAUUAUUAAGACUGAACCCCUUGAUGGAGGAGAGUACAUCAUCAAGAAAGAACCUACGGAUGGUUCACUUGUGUCCUACAUUGAUCAAACGGAUGGUACAUCAUUUGAUGGAUCUGAAAAUGGAGCGAAAGUCGAAAGUGUUAGUGGAUAUGGAAGACAUUCCGAUUCAAGAGAUGUUAAACUUGUUAAGACCCCACCGUUAAGUCCAGGGAAUCCCUCACCUAGCAAUAAUAAUGAUUCGGUGAAUGAUUCAUCGGUUGCUGAUGAAUCUUCAUUGAAAUUCUCCAUUAGAUUCCAAAUGGAUAGCGACUGGAAAUUGGAAUCAAGUCAUGAUGGUGAUAAAGAAGAUAAUACUGAAUUUACAAACAAUAAUUUUUCACAAGCUAGGGCUAUUAAUACAGAAGAGAAUUUAUUAGAUGAUAUCCAAACUGGUUCAAGAAAUGAAAUUGAUUCCAAUUCUAAUUCUAAUAAUGAUAAUAAUGAAAAGCAAGAAGUUAGAAAAGAAAUAUCUAGCCUUGAACCUCCUUUCUCCACCAAUAAAAAUAAUACUAAUAAUAAUGAUAAUAAUAAUGAUAAUAAUAUUAGUAUUAGUGAUAAUACUAAUGAUGAAAAUUCCAAUGAUUUACAGAUUAAUGCCUUGGCCAACUCAUCCAAUGUUGCACCUCCAGAAGAUUUCACCUUACCAGAUAUUGAGCCUAACUUGCAUACCUCAUUUGAUGAAAUUAGCAAAAGCUUACAAGCUGAUUAUUAUGAAGAAUCUCUCUCUGCUGAGUAUGAUCUUGCAAAUAAAAAGACUGAUUUCCGUGAUAUCUGGCAUUCCCAAAGACAAAAGAAUAAACGCGAAGGUGCUGUUAAGAAGCCUUUGACGUCUAUUCCUGUUUCACAAUCAACAUAUUUCAGUUCAGUUCAUUCCAGUUUACCAACUCCACUCAAAUCAAACAGGAAGAUUUUCAAAGAGAUUAAUGUCACCACGAGAAGAGUUGUUUCACCUGGAUUUGAAGAUUUGCAAGUUUCAGGUUUUUUACCUGAACUUUCUGAAGAUUCUGGAUUUGCUAGUAAGUUUCAAUUUAAUUCCAGUGAAGCAGCUGCUGCAACGCCUGAAGUCACUACUACUGAAGAAGUCAAACGUCCUUCACAACCCAAAAAUCCUAGAAUUAAGAUCCAUUCAAUACCUACAGUCAAUACUUCAAACAUUCUUGACAAUGUUGAUGAUAAUCCCAAUGUAGUUGAACCACCACUCCCACAAAGAAGUGGUUCAAGAGGUAAUUUCAAGGUGAAUUACGCUUCUGCUCCACAAGAACAUCGAAUAGAAUCCAAAGCGUCAUUACUUCAACAAAGUGCCAAUAAGAAACCUUCCAGAUUCAGGGUUCCUACAUUUGAAAUCAAAAGGACAAAAUCUGCUCUUUCACCGAUUGAUAAAUAUAAUAAUGAUAUCUUUUCUGAUGUUUUGGGCAAGCGAAGCUCUUCCAUUCAUGACAAACCUACCAUAAUGGGUAAUGGUAUGAAAACAUUACCCAGUAUGGAUCGUGAGGAUGUCAAGAGAAUCUUGAGUACCAAGAGAUUAAUUAGUCAGGAUGAAUAUAAAGAAAUGAAACUAAAUCAUAUGGAGAAAGAUACCAUUAUUACCAUGCAAAACGGUAAAAAAUUUGAUGAAUUGCAACAGCAUGCUUCAAUUUAUAAUAUGUCUUCAGAAGAUGAUCGUGGUGAAGCAGAUACAUUACCAACUCAUAUUGCCAGUGAAUUAUUGAAGACGCCCACAGAGCUUCAAGAGAAGGAUGGUUUUUUUGGGAUUGAGCAUGAUGCCUUUACUAGUGUUGAUAAUAAUCCACUGCUGACUUUGGUUCCUCCUAGACCUAAAAGAACUGCUAUUAAGAUCAACCUUUCUCCAACAAAGAAUUAUGAAGGAGAACGAUUCCCUGAGUUUUCUGUUGAGGAGCCUGAACCAGAAAAGGAGGUUAGUGAUCCAAUAUUUAACGGUAAUGAGAUUGUUCAUUCUAAGAUUAGAACCAAAAGACUUAGUUCUUAUAAUCGUACUCCUCCUUUGGACUUGAAUGAAUUUGAACACAAAGAUGACAUCAACCAACAAAGGCAGAUUAGCACUGUUUCUGUUCCAACUAUUGAGAGUAAGGAUACUACUCACUCUGUAGUGAACCACAAUGUGACUUCACCUCGUUUGACCACCAUUGCUCAAGAGUACCGAAAGAAUAAUGGUGUCCAACCACAAACAUCAACAGUUUCUGAAUCUUCUUCACAAGAAGAAGAAGAAUCAGGGAGAUUAUUUUUCAAGGUUAUAGGAAUGAAAGGCAUUCAAUUGCCAGAUAUUGGUGAUCAUAAUGGGAAUGUCUCGGUUACCUUGGACAAUGGGGUUCAUUGUAUCAAGACCCCUCAAUAUGGACUUCAAAGCAAUAGCGUAUUAAUAGGAAAGGAGUUUGAAUUGGUGGUUGGUCGAUCGUUACAGUUUAUAUUGACCUUGAAGAUGUCUUAUCAUCAACCUAAAGAUAAGCUUGUUGAAGUUAAGGAAACCAAAAAGGUCAAAUCCAAAAACAGAUUCAGUAGAGUCUUCGGUAAGAAGGACCUUAUCACGGAGACCAAAGUGGUAACCAAAAAGAUUAAAGACAGUUGGCAAGAUACAUUUGCCCAAGAUGGAUCAUUUGCUAGAUGUUAUGUUGAUUUAAGUCAAUAUGAACACAAAAUCAGUGGUAAAGCUUUAUCAUUUGAUUUGACCUGUUUUAAUGAAUGGGCCACUUAUGAUGUCAAUGGCACUAAAACCAAAAAGAAACCUUACAAGAUUGGACAACUUGAAGUGAAGAUGUUAUUUAUUCCCAAGACCCAUAAGAAUGAACCCAUGCCAGCAAGUAUUGGCCAUGCUUAUAGAAGCAUUGAAAAGCUUCAACAAGAAGCACAGAUUGAACUUGAUGGGUAUAUGAAUCAGGAAGGUGGGGACUGUGAAGUAUGGAAGAGAAGAUUCUUUAAAUUAAGAGGAAGCUCCUUAAUAGCCCAUAGUGAAAUCUCUCAUAAAUCAAGAUCAAAAAUUAACUUAUCAAAAGUCGUUGAUGUUGUUUAUAUGGAUAAAGAGAACACCGCUUCUACGACGACGACUGGAAAGAAAAAUGUUCGGAACUUUACUGAUGGAUUAUUCUUUGAAAAUGCCUUCCAAAUCAAGUUUGCUAAUGGUGAAGUUAUAACAUUUGGAGCAACCAAUGAAUUAGAGAAACAUUCUUGGGUGAAAGCCAUAGAGAAAAUCAUUUACGAUAACCAAUUCCGGAGGUUACCUUGGGUUAGACUCAUGUUGGAGAGAAACCUGCCAGAUAUGUUUUAA